AUGGCUCGACCAGAAGACAACACAAUGGAGGAUUAUCGCAGUGCCGAGAAUGCCAGUGACCACUCUCCUGAUCUGAGUGACAAGCUCAACCACGAUCCCAAGUUGAAAGAUUUCGAUGUUGAGGGACAGGGUCGUCGUUUGUCACACUCCCGGGUUCAGGUCGAUUCGUCCUCAAUCUCGGAGAGCGUUGGCCGUCAGAUCGAGAUGGAAGCUGAGAAUGGUAUCAAAUACCGCACAUGCAGCUGGCAAAAGACUGCCGCGCUACUUUUCUCAGAGUACAUUUGUCUGGCUAUGAUGUCGUUUCCCUGGGCAUACUCUGUUCUUGGACUGGUUCCAGGUCUAAUUUUGACUGUAUUCAUCGCGGGUGUGGUAAUGUAUACAUCGUUGACAAUUUGGAGAUUUUGCCUACGCCAUCCGGAAAUUCGUGAUGUUUGUGAUAUUGGCCAGUAUCUGUUCUGGGACUCCAAGUGGGCUUGGUGGUUUACUGCAGUCAUGUUCCUCCUGAACAACAUCUUCAUUCAGGGCUUGCAUUGUGUCGUCGGAUCCGAAUACCUCAACACCAUCUCAAACAGCGGCGCCUGCACUGUCGUGUUCAGCCUUGUUGUAGCAAUCAUCUCUUUCUUCGUGUCGUUACCACGUACAUUCAGCGCCCUUUCAACACUAGCGACAUUUUCCGCCUUCUUCACAUUCAUCUCCGUCCUUUUGGCUAUGAUCUUCAUUGGAAUUGAGGGCCACCCAGCCGGUUACCCUGAGUAUGGUGAACCUCUGGUUCUUGCAAUUCCGGCUAAAGGCACUACCUUCGUGAGUGGUAUGAGUGCUUUCCUCAACAUUAGCUACACCUUCAUUGGGCAGAUUACUUUGCCUAGUUUCAUUGCUGAGAUGAAAGAGCCUCGCGAUUUCUGGAAGUCUGUAACUGCAGUGACUAUCGCUGAGGUGAUCUUGUUCAGCUUGGUUGGAUCUAUUAUCUAUGUCUACACUGGUUCACAGUCUGGAUACAUGACUGCGCCUGCUUUUGGCUCCAUUUCAAACGAAACAUACAAGAAGGUCUCCUUCUCCUUCAUGAUUCCUACACUCAUCUUCCUUGGUGUUCUCUAUGCCUCUGUCUCAGCCCGUUUCAUCUUUUUCAAUAUCUUUGACGGAACACGCCACAAAACGCAAAACACCGUGGUUGGUUGGGCCUCUUGGGCUGGAAUUUUGGCCGUUCUUUGGACUCUCGCCUGGAUAAUUGCUGAGGUCAUUCCAUUCUUCUCGGACUUGGAAUCCAUUAUGAGUUCGCUCUUUGACUCAUUCUUUGGCUUUAUCUUCUGGGGAGUCGCCUAUCUUCGCAUGCGGAGAGCUGAUCACGGUCCCGACUUCUACAAGACGCGCGGUAUCCGGGGUUGGCUGGGUGCUAUCUUCAAUGUUAGCUUGAUCAUCAUGGGUCUUUACUUCCUUGGCCCUGGUACUUAUGCCUCUGUUAUGUCUGUCGUCAUCAGCUACCGAGAUGGUGAUGUUGGUGGAGUUUUCACCUGUGCCAGUAAUGCACUUUAA